AUGAUUAUAAUGCUUAUCGAUAGCCGACGGAUCUCACCUGGGAUUUCCAGGAUGAAAUCUUUACUCCAAACUAGUCAAUUGCUAGCCACCGCAGGCUUCUACAAUGUGUUUGGACAAAGUCUGGGCCUAGUACUCGACUUAAGAACACCAUGCAUCCUGACUCCCCACAAAAUCCUCGACCCGGAGUUUUCCAAUAACGUCCUCUCCCCUCUCAAGAUCCAAUCUCAUAAGUGCAUAGAACAGAUAAAUACCCCUCCUGAAUCCAAGGAAAGUUCUCAUCACCCUGCCGGCUUAGAUUCUAGUAAAUGGAUACGCGCACGUUUCCGAUCGACAAACGGGAAUUGUUCUUCAGACCCAAACGCUGACUUAAGCCACCAGCCACACCAGCUCACAACAUCGCACCGCUGGAGAAGCAACUUCCACGGACUUCAUCUUUUCAGCUAUGAUACACACACUGCAUUUCGCAUACGACUUCCAGUGGAACAAUCACAUCUUGAGGUUCUCCAUUUCAACCAGUAUUUUCCUAUUGCUUUUCUCCCGCUACAAUUUUUUUCAACAUUGCGCCUUGGGUUUCUCUUACCUGUAGCAUUAAUCCCCUCCCUGCGCUCCACGCAUUCUCGCAACGGAGCCUGCACCGCCCUAUGCGGUAUUAACACUCCCACCAGCAACGUCCAAUGUCUCAGGGGCACAAAGUACUUCAAGCAACUCGUAAACCACCCAGGAGACAAAGACAAUUGCAGCGGCGCUCCCAACACCACUUCGGGGACAUUCUCCAGUAGAGUUGGCAACAAUCAAGUCGACUUGAUAACUUGA